CCCGGCCCGGCCCGCGCACAAUUUGGUCAUCCGGGCGACCCGCGGCCGUGGCGAGCGGUGCCCGGCGGAAGAGGACGCGGAGGCUGUGUGCAAGAGGUGUCGCUCCGGGCUCCGGACGGUCUCUGCCGGCGCGUUCGGCGACCCUGAGGCCGGCCGUCCUUUCGAACAAUGGGGCUCGGCGCGUGGGCCGCGCUGCUGCUAUGCGCGCUGCAGGUGCUGGCGCUGCCGGGAGCCGCGACCGCGCAGGGAUCUAUAAGUGCAAACCAUUCUGUGCCUCUGCAGAACUCCAGUGUUACCACAACAGAGCCUGUCAUCGAACAUGUGGUAUCCAACCACACAGGUGAAUUGAACAGUACUUCGAAGCCAUCAACAACUUCAGUUUCAAGCAAUGUCACUGUCACUGUGUCAAGCAGUGUCACUAUGAAACCUGCAACUAUUGCUAAAAUGUCGACACCACGGGGCUCACCAAAUGUGACUUCCACUGCCUUAAAAUCUACACCCAAAGCAGCAAGUGUUCUGCCAAACACAAUGCAGACAUCAACAUCAGCAAUGACCACAGCCCACAAUACUUUACUGACAUCUUCAGCAAUCACAGCAACUAUUCAUUCUAAGGAAAGUAAAGGACCAAAAUUUGACGCUGGCAGCUUUGUGGGCGGCAUUGUGUUGACACUGGGAGCAUUAUCUAUUUUCUACAUUGGAUGCAGAGUGUAUUACUCAAGAAGAGGCAUUCGGUAUCGCAGCAUUGAUGAACACGAUGCCAUCAUUUAAAGAAAUCCAGUGAUCAAGAAAACUACAGCUCUCUCAAUUUGGUUUAUUAUUAGUUUAAAACAUUAUUUUCUUGGAAAUAGCAUAAGGAAGCUGUGCAUAAAAUGAGCAAUUUAUAUGAAUACAUCAGUUCCUCCUAACUAAAGGUUGUUAACAAGGGCGUAGUCUGGGUAUUUAAAUAUUUGGAUCUGAUAGGCAAUUUAUCCAAUGACUGUAUUUAUUUUUAGUAAGUGCUCACCACAAGACAAGCCCUAUUUCUUGUGAGUGUGUCUGUGUGGCAUUGGUCACAUAGGACCAGAAAUGAAAGGCACCAUCACUGAAGUGCAGGUAAGGAGCUUGUCACAGCACUCGGGACUUGCAGUGCUGUUAUUGAGUGCUUUUCAAAGCUAACUGUAUCCUAAUCACUAAUGUCACGCAGCAGAAAGUGUACAAUUGACUUAAACUCUGUCUAAAGCACAAUUUCAGAAAGCAUCAGCAUUUUGUUUUAAAUAGUUGCUCUAGAAAUAGAACGUGCACUCCAAAAAAUAAAAUGAUCUUCAAAUACAGCCCUGAAGUACCUUUGUGCUUCUCUGUAUUACAGACCCACUAGCUCACUGGAGAGUGUGUGCUGAACUAAUAACUUAAGCUGUCAAUGUUUUUUCUCUGUAUAUUAAUGUGUUAUUUUUUAAAAAGGCUCAAUUGUAAGACUGGUACUAUAGGUAGAAACUAGCAGAGUAUCUGCUACUGUGAAAGACUGUCACCACUGGAAACUGAUUGCUUCGUACUCAUUUGUCAAUUUUAGUUUUAUAUUCAGUGAAUUUUCAAGAAAUGUAGAGCUGCUUUCCAUAUCUAGAAAUUUGUAAUGGAAUGUAAAAAUAUCUUUUUAAAGCCCCAUUAUAUGAUUUCCAAAUCAGUAUUUAGAAGUCUGUACUGUCAAAACUAUAGCUUGAUGCCAUGUUGCUAAGCCAGGGAUUGCAGUGCUCCCUGGGCCACUAACCCUGCAGGCUGGAAAUGUUGUAUUUUUGUACACUGUCAACUUUACUCAGAGAUCUGGGGAAAUGACAUUUUUAUAUUUUUUUAAAAAUGUAUUUUGGAGUAAAUUCUUAUUUUAGUCGGGAAAUUUCUGGCUUCCUCGUUCCCCUAGCCUACCCCUUACUCCACACUGACAGGGGUUGCCUUUAGAUGCACUAGUUUUAAGAACAAGCACAGUGUCUUUAGAGACGCUCCAGUGGUUGCCAGCAGCCUCUGGACGAGUUUUAGAGUUUAUAUUCCAGCACUCAAACUCAGGGUCAAGUUUUAACAAAAGAGGUGUUUAGUCACUUAAUACUAAGGUAAUAUUUUUCUUAGAGGGCCAAAGUAAAUCAUACUAGUUUUGAAAAGGAUAAAAAUGAACCAGAAAUGCCCUGAUCAGCAUGCACCUCCAUUUUGUAGAUAAGUAGCUUUUAUAAUUAGCUUUUGGUUUGUAGAAAAUGCAGGGUAUCAAGAAUUUUGAUGUACAAGAAUCAUUUCUACUUGCUGUGCAUUAGGGCCAGUCAGUGUGAAAUGUGGAGUGCUCGGCUCUAGGGUAGCACGGAGUCGAGGGAUGCUACGAAGCGUUAGGGUAGAGCUGUCUGAAUGGGGCCAGGUGGGAGCCGUGUGCUGCUGGUGUGGCUUUAACUGGUCGUGCAACACUGCGGACGGAAUGUGUCCAAGGCAGACUUGUGGUGGUGGGUGCCUUUUAGGGUGCUUGGUACGUUCUUGGUACUUUAGUACCAGCCUGCAGUUUGUCUUGAGUAUUUGUUUCUUUAGCACUUUGAAAAUAGAAAACCACUUUUUAAAAGGACUGUCAUUUUAAGUUUCCUCUGAUUUUUGGGUUCAUGUAGUUUUAUCUUUUCUCAUUUGUUACUUUCAAAUACUCGUACUUUCAGUGAAGGUUUUUUUUUUUUAGUUACAAAAAUUAAAGAAUUAUGCAAAACAGUGAGGACUUGGGAACACAUUUCCUAAGCCAAGUUUGUCUUCCUAGACAGGCUUCAGCUGGACUUUCCUCGCAUUCCUGGAGAGUGUAUGUAUUUGAAGAUAAACAAUCCAUAUAUACAUGUGAACAUCAGGCAGACACCACUCUAUGAUUUUACAGUUCACUUGGAUUAUUCCUCUUGUGGAUUAUUCAAAUGUAGACAAAUGAGAGUUGGAAACACAUAUUAUGGUAUAAUUUUGUAUCUUCAGAAAAAAAUUAAUGCAAACUCCUGUUGCCCUUUUUUUCUACUAUAACAGCCAGCUUUUGAUAUUUGUUAUGGAACUCUGCUUUUAGAAUAAAAUUGGUUCUCCGUUUAAAA